GGUUAUCGUCUUGAUCAUCGGAGUUUCUCGCUGACCGUCACCACCAUUCAGCCAGCAAUACACGUAGCCUAGUCUUUCAGCGUUGAUGUCUACGGGCCACCUUUUCGGACAUGAAAGGGUUAAUGCAAAAACAAACACUUGGCUAGAGCUCCCGAAGUGCAUAUAAACGUCGUUGUUUAGAGUAUGAAGAACUGGCUUCAGUGGAUGAUGCUGAUGCAUUGGAACUCGAGAAAACGAGGAAGACUGCGUUGUAAUAUGAGUAACUAGAUCAAACUUCCCCAUCCAGUUGAAGUUUACGAUACUGCUCAGCAUGUAGGGACUUGAAGAUGAUGUUUCAACGGUUUUCUCUGCGGUUGCAACUUUUAACUGGAACAGGAUAUGAAUGGAUAUCAUGAUGAAUUACUCAACUAACAGACACAAAUUCGACUUCAAGAAAAGUCGUCUCAUUUUGCUUCCAGACACUAUACCUUUAGUUCAUCUAAGUUCCGCUGUGUAAUGAAAGCAACUUACGUUUCGCAUGAGCUGAGGAGGUUUUGGUCGGCUCUUUCAAGUCGUGGCUUCAAAAUGAGGAAACCAAGAGUGAAUCGGAUGGUCCUGGCUAUUUGUUUGGGAUCCUUCGUCAUGGUCAUAUUUUAUUUCCAAAUUAAUCUAAAGCCAGCGGCAGCACAGGGUAGUGACCAGACCAGAAUUCUGGCCAAGUCUAGGAGGAGCCCGCUGCAAACGCUCUACGACACUGACCCGAUGGAGCUGUCACCUUUGCAGGUGAUGCACCAGGGCCGGCGCGAGCUGCUGGAGGAGGCGUGUCACUCGUACACGCGCAAGCGCCGCGUGCUCAUCCCCGAGGACCUGAAGCACGUGAUCGUGGACGACCAGCAUGGUCUGCUCUACUGCUACGUGCCCAAGGUGGCGUGCACCAACUGGAAGCGCGUGCUGAUGGUGCUGACCGGUGGCGCGGGCCCCGAGCGCGAGCGGCGCCAGCCGCUCCAGAUCCCCGCGCACGAGGCCCACGUGCCGGGCAACCUGCGGACGCUCUCCGAGUACUCCACGGCCGAGAUCAACCAGCGCCUGCGCGGCUACCUCAAGUUCCUGUUCGUGCGCGAGCCCUUCGAGCGCCUGGUGUCGGCCUACCGCAACAAGUUCACGCGCAGCUACAACACGGCCUUCCACAAGCGCUACGGCACCAAGAUCGUGCGGCGGCAGCGGCCCGACGCGCGGCCUGAGGCACUGGAGCGCGGCGACGACGUCUCGUUCGGCGAGUUCGUGCGCUACCUGGUGGACCCGGCCACGCAGCGCGAGGAGCCCUUCAACGAGCACUGGGAGCGCGUGCACUCGCUCUGCCACCCCUGCCUCAUCCACUACGACGUGGUGGGCAAGUACGAGACCCUGGAGGAGGACGCCUCCUACGUGCUCAAGCUGGCCGGGGCUGACGGCGAGGUCCACUUCCCGGCCUCGGGCAAGAGCACGCGCACCACGGGAGAGCUGGCCGCCAGCUACUUCAAAGACAUCAGCCCCGUCUUCCAGCACAAGCUGUACAACCUCUACCGCAUGGACUUCCUGCUCUUCAACUACACCAUGCCCAGCUACCUGAAGGUCAGAUGAGGACAGAGGGAAGAGAGGACUAUGGGAGGGCAGCAGGGGUGUGUCACAGUGUCUACAUGUCACAAACAUAUCUCUUCUGUACUGCUGUCUGAACAGAGAUCCCUUACAGAUGGAUUAAUAUAUUGGAUUUUUCACCUCGUUUUCAACUAGUUUUGAACUUGAACUUGGAGAGCAUCUACGAAUGUCAGAGAGCACUUUGUCUCCACUCCAGUGAAAAGUCUUUUUUUUGUUUUUAUCAAUUUCUAUUGAUAAAUGUAAUUUAUAGAUUUUAUAAAAGGAAGUGUUGCAAGCCAACUGAAAUAAUGCUGAUGUUGUUCUUACUGAGGACUCUUAAGGUGAGAUGGUUGUCAGAUAUGAGGGGAAAGCAUUUAUAUGAUACAGUAGAUUUGUAAAUUACCGUCAUGGGUAUGGGGACAUUUGAAUAUUGUAGUUUACCUUCUGUUUUCUCACAGUCAUUCACACAUACUUAACCAGACUGCCUGUCACCUCCUGGACAUAUGUGGACAUAUUGCCACGUCAGACCUGAGGGACUGCCUGUACUGUGGCUUCACUCAGAGCCAAAAUAAGUUCAGGAAGCUUCCGUCCGUUUGAAGCGUCACAUGUGCCCAGUGGGGCAUGGAGCCUGAACAAGAAAGUGCCUGUAAAAAACAAAAACAAAAAAAGACAGUACUUUGAUUUUGGCAACUCAGAGCUGUGCUCGCCGCGCCAGACUCAACCCCCCCCCCCCCCCCCCCCCCCCCCCGUCAUGAACCCUGUCCAACAUACUGUGAAAGUGAUAGGAGGAUGUCAGUGUCUCGCUGUGACCUUGUGGCGGUGUCGUGUGAGUGUGUCUUGGUAGAUCACCACAUAGUGCCUUCUCUCGUCUUAUCAGUGUCUCCUCCUUACAGACUCCUCACGUGCUGCUUCACGUGUUGCGGGAUAUGUUUUUUGAGGGACUUUCGGCAUUGACGUGGCAGCCAUGUUUAUUUGUUUGUUUCUGGACCCAACAUCCACACUCCACAGUACUGUAUGUGACAUUGUUGUCUUGCGAGGUAACAAUUUAUUUAUUUGUCAGAGGUUCGGACAGAGACAAGUCAGCCAAAGCUUUUUCAAAGCCGCAUGCAGACUAAAGACCUCACUCAACUGAAUUCUUCCCUCUUACACAUCAGCUGAAAUAAACUUUCAACAAACCACCAAAGUGUUAUCUUCUUCCUGCCCCUUUGAGACAGGUCUGUGAGGGUUGGGGUGCAAUCUUAGGGGUGGUUUUUGUAUCACACCACUUGUGAACACAGUGUGGUUUCAAAGCAGAAGCAAGCACAAAAAUUAGUCAACUACAACGUGUGGUGUGUGUGGUGGUUCUGUGUGCACAACUGUCAGGCUGUUCUUGUGAGAGGCUAAAGCCCUUUGAAACACAAGAGCCCCUCAAACUUGUGCAUGGUUCCCAUCGCUCAUGUUGUGUGUUGUUUACAG